GAGACCUGCCUGCUUCCUCAAGGCUCAGGUGGGCUAUAGAGACACAGAGGCCUGCCUAGACACCUAGCACCUGCUUGCAGCCUGCCAGCAGAGGAGGAUACCCAGAGGCCCACCAGCUGUGAGGCCUGCCUACAGCAGGAGCCACUACUCUGUCCCUCCUCUCAGGUGAUCCCUUCUUGACCUAGAGCUACUAGACAGCCACAGGUGGCACCUGAGCAGGGACCUGAAAACAGAGGCCUUGCGGAGAAACACUGCUUUGGUUAGAGCCUCCACAGAACAAAGUGAAAGCAAAAAGAAAGUCUGAGUACCGGUAAGCAACCAAACAAAAAGAAAAUGCUGCACAGUGGCUGUAGGAUCGAUUGGUCUGUCGGUUGGAAAAGGCCCUUGUUGAAGAUCUUGAUCCUGGUGCAGCUUCUCAUGAUGAAUGUUGAAGAAUUAUGGGCCCUUGCUCCCUCUCCUCCAAUUUUAUCACCUGUUGCCCAGGAUGCUUUUGUUUUACCCACCAUGUAUUCUGGAAACCUGUCCUUGGGCUUACCAGCUUUACCCCACCUUGAUCAUUCUAUCAAUACCUCCGGAUGGUGGAAUCUUACUGACGUCCUUUGUUUUUCUUUUCAUGAAAAUUCCUCUUGUGUAAGACUUAUAUCUUAUGAUAGGUCUGGUGAUUUUGUUCAGGGGUUUGCUCUUCCUCCACCCUAUUUGCAGGGUACCCAACCAUCUCAGCCAUCCACAGCCUUUGGUACUUGUGGGGGAUUGUUGAAUUUUACCAUACCUAUGAAUGCUUCUAGAGAGGUACCUUCCUCUAUGGCCCAUCGGACCAAGGAUUGCCCAUGGAUGUGGGCUUCUGAGAAAGAAUCUUUGUUCCCAUUACAGCUGCCCCUCCCUUGGGGAUGGUGCCAGUCCCUAGAAGAGGAAACUUCAUUUAGCGUCUCCUCCAGUCUGACCCUUAAGUCCAGAGACUUUAAGAAUUGGGGAUCGACAGGUACCUCCCUGUUUGCUGAUUGGUCCCUUUGUAAUAAGUAUACUUGUUUGGAUUUUCGCCCAUUUUUGUUUUUAAGAGAUUCCUUUCUUUUUAAUAGCUCCUGUGAAUGGAUUGGUUUUAACUAUAAUGGCUUCUCAGAGAAGGUUGUUCCCCUUUCUCCUGCACCUGUUUGUGUUACUUUUCCUUUUGUAUUUUUAGUUACCAAUUCAUCCCUUGCUGCAGAGGAAGUUAAUUGUAGUAGUGAACGGUGUUUAUUGUCUCCUUGCUGGCAUGGAAAUUCUUCAUCGGCAGUUUUGCUCCGUGUCCCAUUUCAGCAUAGGUACAUGAAGGACAUUUUUUACGAAUAAAACUUGUGGUUCAAUCUCAGGAGACUAGGGAUUUUGGUGUUACAGUCACUAUUGAUUCAAUAGCUGCAGCUGUCACCAUUGCUAUUAUGCAGAAUGUUGUAACUGGGAAGGCCUUGAAUGAUACAGUUAGUGCUUCAUCACAGGGGUUUGUGACCCAGCAGCUAUUGAAUGGUCAUUUACACAGGGUUUUGCCAUUACAACAACAGAUCAAUCUUUUUGCAGAGGCGGCUGAGAUACUUACCAUGAUGACCAACUUUGAUUGUGACCCUAGUUAUCAAUCUCUCUGUUUGACCCCAUUUUCAGUUAAAAACAGUUCUCUCGAAUGAAAACGAUUGACUUCCUUUAUCAAAGAAUGGUGGAAUAAUGAGUUUUUUUUUAAUUUAUCCCUUAUUGCUAAUUUGUUUACUGUGUAUAUUAAGGUUUUUAGAUCUGGAUUCCUCCUUUUUAGGUAAAAUUUAGAAUAAUGUUAAGAAACUCUUUGACCCAUCCUGGAUGCACUCAUGGGAAGUGUAGUUUUGGGUUUCCUCCUCUUGCUCCGAUGCCUAUUCAGCACAGGCAACAUGUCUUUCAUCAGAAGGACAUCAAGGUCAUGUUGGCCUUCCAGGAUCAACACUUGACUUCCAAGUGUAGGUGAAUGUGUGGCUUGCUCAGUUGAAGCAUGAGACUCAAUAAUGAGUGGAGGGGUUCAGCAACUGAUGGCUAGUUAGUUAAUGAUGGGUAAGAGUCCACAAGAAUGAACCAAUCUAAGACAGGCACAUUGGCUUUUGUGCUGCCCUCUCCAUAUAUAGGAUAAGGUGAAAAGGCAUAGCCUGUGUCACCUUCCACUUUUUUGUAAAGCCUGCUUUUUAAAACUAAAAAGGGGUAACUGUGGAGCUUUUGCCCUGACCUGCAUUGCAGAAGUUGCCACAUCGGAUGCUCUGGCUUCAAUGCACUUAGUGAAAAUCCCUCAUCAGAGUUGAAAGUUCUGCUUUUGCCUGUUUUAAGUUUUAUCUUCUCUAAAAAAGGGACUAUGUUUGAAAAUUGGGAACCUAUGCUAUCAGCUGCCAACAUGAAACAGUCUGGUCAGCAAUAUUGACUUGGAGUGGGUUUUGUGGUUUUCUUCCUUUAUAGUCUGUGUGUGCUAUAAUAAAGUUGAGCCUUGAUC